UUUGUUUCAGAUAAAACAAACUUAGGUAUAUUUAUUUCGCGGCAAUAUGAGUUAUGUAAUUGUUAUUUAUAUGAUGACGUCAAUAUUAUCUAUGACGUCAACAUCGUUAAACACUGUCAAAACAGCAUGGACGAGUGUGACGUCGCUGAAUGAAACAACUGGAUUCCAAUGUUCUGAUGGAAGGCGGAUAAAUAUCGAAAAAGUUUGCAAUGGAGUUGAUGAUUGUGUUGAUGGCUUCAUGACGGAUGAAUGCGACUGUGACCACAUAACAGAUAUUGUCAGACCGUUCUGUGCAAAACUCCGCAUUUUCCAUCAUGUGUUUCCUGGACGAUUUACGGACACAAUAUCAGGCAGUGGUGACGACGAUGACGUACUCGACUGUAUCUUAUUCGGGCAGUUAGUGAAUUGCACAGAAAACCCUGGUUCGUUACGGUGUACCAGCGGGGAACUUUGCGUCACUCGUCCCUCGUUUUGUGACGAUGAUGGGUGUUGUCCGGGCGAAUCUGACGAGCUUCAUGCGGGGUUCGGACUCAAAUGCCCUAUCGAAGGUGCAGGGCAUUCAAAUCUUUGUGUUUUGCCUUCUUUCUAUAUUUACGAUGACGAGGACCAAUGCGUAAACGGACGUAAGAAUUGUUACGAAAGACACGAAAACGGAAGUUUGACUGAAAAUCUCAAAAAGAGCUGCUUCGAAUGUUUAAACCGAGAACACGUUAUUUUAUCGGAACAAGUAUGUGACGGAGUGAUAGAUUGUUCUGAUUUCUCAGACGAAUGUUUAUGUGAAAAUAUACAAGUUGGCGAUUUAUGUACGUUGAUAUAUAAUGCAACUGUUGAUCGAGAUAAAAUAUGCGAAUAUUCCUCAGGAGAUGUAUCGUGUGGUGAUGGAACUUGCAUCAGUAGAUCGAAGGUGUGUGAUGGAAGAACGGACUGUGCGAACAGAUUGGACGAGAAUCAUUGCUAUACAAUGAAGUAUCGAAAAAAGUUUAAUGAAAAACUAGAAGAAAAAGAUGAAAUUGACUGUAUCGUAACUGAACUAGAAGAAAACGAAGUAGAAUUAGAGGAAGCAGUUGUAUGUGAUGGAAUACCAGAAUGCGAUGAUCUUCAAGACGAAUGUCAUUUCAGUUGUGGGAGCAAAGGUCAACCAUUUCCAGCGUAUUGCUCCGCAAAUCUUGAUUGUAUACCCGGAAGUUUGGUCUGCAACGGCAAAAAGGAAAGUCAACUUCUGGAAACCUGUAACUUCACUUACAUUCCUGCCGAGGAAGAGAAUUGUCCCGAAAGAUUUUAUUGCGAAUAUGGAAACAGGAUAAGCAUUGAUAUUGCCUUGGUGUGCGACGGGGUUGUUAAUUGCGAAGAUGAAACCGACGAAGCAAAAGAACGAAAUUGCAAUGAUGGCAGGUUUUAUUGUGAAACAAACGAAACAGCUUCGUUUUUCGGUAAAAACCGGCAACGACAAAACCACGUCUUCGUCCGAAAAGAUCAAGUUGGGAACGGACGUUACGAUUGCGACGAUGGGUCCGACGAAUGUCCGACAAGAAAAGACGAAUCAAACGCUUUUAGUUCACGGACAGAAAUGAUAUCUUGGGCUCCGUUACGAUGGAUAUUGUGGAUCAACGCAAUACUUGCCCUUGCUGGAAAUGCAAUUGUGAUAUUGUUCACCAUCAACCUAUUGCGUAAGAAAUAUCACAAAUUAACAACAGUUGCCAGAUGCCACCAUAUUAUGGUUUUAAAUCUUUCACUCGCUGAUUUGCUUAUGGGAAUUUACCUUUUAGUUUUGGCGAUCAAAAGUAUUCAAUUUUCUGGAAGAUAUUGUCCCGAAGACAAACCAUGGAGAAUGAGCAAAGCAUGUACAACAUUAGGCGCAAUGUCUCUAAUUUCAAGUGAAAUGUCUGUUAUGACGAUGCUAAUCAUGGCGGUUUUCCGUUUUUUCACGAUCAUUGACCCUUUGAACACCAUCAAAUCAAGUAAGACGGAGAAGAUAGUACGAUUCUCAAUAGCUUUGGGUUGGAUCAUUUCGAUACUAUUUGCAGUGCUUCCAGCCAUAGAAUUACUCGAACUUAAUUUUAUUACGCAUGCCUGGACCGAUAACCCUCUGUUUGGCAAUGACGUCAUAACAUCUGACGUCAUAAUUCACACUACAGAACGGGUAUUGACAUCGUUAUCAAGAGGUUACGGAUCUAACACAACCACUUUGCUACCUAAAAACGUUCGCACAACUGGAGACAUUCAAGAGAUACUACGAAAAAGUUUUCCUCAGAAAAAAGUCUUAGGUUGGUUCGGGUUUUACGGACAAAACAGCGUUUGUCUUCCUCGACUAUUUGCGAACACCUCCGAGCAAGGAUGGCAGUAUUCUAUUAUUAUAUUAUGCUUUAAUUUAUCAUCUUUUUUCAUCAUGGUUCUUCUAUAUGGAUUUAUGGUGAAAACAAGUCGAUCUGGAAUAAGAAAACUAAAAGAAACAAACGCAGGAGAACUUCCUAAAUGUCAUCUCAUGGAAAGAGUGACUAGACUACUGGUAACAGAUUUCUUAUGCUGGUUUCCGAUAUGUGUUAUAGCUUUUAUCUACUUAGCCGGAGUAAAGUUGGAUGUAGUGGUUUAUGCAAUAAGUGGAAUCGUACUUUUACCCAUCAAUAGCGCCUUGAAUCCAAUUUUAUACUCAGGAAUUUUCGAACUACUCGGCAAAAAAGCUAAUGUCGCUCUUAGCAGAAUGCCUAACAGUAGAAAAACAGAUACAACUCGCUUGAAAAGCACGCAACAGACCAAACAAGGGGAAACAUCGAGGAAUACCUUUAAAACGACGCCUUUAGAUUCAAACUAUAAUUCGGUAAAGUAAUUUACACCUGAAAACUCACGUCGUGAUACUGUUUCUGAGGCAUGACUGCUGGACAUUUUGGCGGAUGAUCGUAAACUUAUGAAUUGCUUCUUUUGCACGUUCGAAAUGGGUUCACUCUUCAUUAUUGCUAUCAUUCUAUAGCACCAGAGCGAAUAGCUUAUUUUGUGGUUAUGUUUACAGUUCUUGCUUGCACUAACCUCAACAAUCUUUGAAAAAACACCAAGUCUCUGGAACGUGAACGCCUUCAGAACUUAUAGUUCAGUCAGAAUUUACAAGCUUUGAUUCUAUUAACCAACUUCGACGUAUAUACCUCAAAAUAAUGGUGUUAUUUAGUGGAUGGGACUUUGAGCUGUUUUCCCUCCAUCACGCCUUAAAGUGAUAAUUUUAUAAUAUUAUUACUUUUUUCGUCUUAUUGAUUACUGUGUUUUAUAUUAUAUCGUCAGAUUAUCUCAUUUUUUUUAAUUUUACUUUAACGAUUUCAAAGUUUAUAUUCGUGUUUAUAUCAUCUGACUUGUUCUAUCGAUUAACCUGAGCUGUCCAUCUAAUCAGCUCUUAAUUAAUUCAUAUUCUGGGAUUAUUUUUUAAUUCAAAGCUUUUGCAUCUUUUACUGUUACCAACUCUAUAGACGUAUUCCUCAAAAAUGAAUGUUCAAUUAUAAUUAAUUUUUUUAGUAUUGGCAGGAAGUGGUUUUUCGUCAUGUUGUUCUUGUUGGUAUUUUUCUUCAUGCUGUUAUGGAAAAAAUCGCUUCCCUCUUUGAUUACUGGACCAAUUGCUUUGGAAUUUCCAGUGUUUAAAGAUUGUUGUUGUCGCAAGAUGGCUAUUACUUUGGUACUCCCAAAAUAUGGGAACAAAGAUGGCGGACACCGGAACGUA